AUGUCAUGCUCUUCAAGAAGUGCUGCUUCAAAAGGCAAGCUUUCGUCUUUAUUCUCAAACACAGAAAGACCCACUUCUUCAAAUUCAACCAAGCUUUCAUCUUUAUCAACAAACCAAGUUGCAGCUAAACCCACUUCUUCAACUCCCACAACGUCAGCAAAAGACCCAAUUCCCAGUGUUCCAAUCCAAACCCCACUUGAAAGUUUCCUCCAAACCAAUUGUAAGUCAGGUGAUUUCACUCUCAAUGAAGCAGUUCACUAUUUUGACCACAUGAUUCAUAUGCAACCUCUUCCUCGAAUGGCAUCAUUCAAUCGUUUGUUAGGUGGACUUGCCAAGAGUAAGCAUUACUCUCAUGUUUUCUCAUUUUGCAAUAAGUUAACGUCUUCUGGGUUGUUGCCUGAUUUCAUUACGCUUAAUAUUUUGCUCAAUUGCUUUUGUAAUGUGAAACGGGUUUGUGAUGGUUUGGUGGUUCUGGGAAGUAUGAUUAGGAGGGGUUAUAGACCAAGUGCUGUGACUUUUACUUGUUUGGUUAAAGGGUUGUGUGUGGAGGAUAGGAUUGAUGAGGCAUUGAUGUUGUUGGAGAAAAUGGUCAAGUUUCAGUGUCAGCCUACUGUGAUGACUUGUGGUACUUUGAUUAGUGGCUUGUGCAGAGCUGGCAAGACUAGUGUGGCACUUAGGUUACAUGAAGAUAUGGCUAAGGGGAAUGGCGGAUUUGGUGUUUACUGUAAGCCGAAUGUGGUGACUUAUGGGAUUAUUAUUGAUAGGCUUUGUAAGGAUGGCAGGAUAGAUGAGGCAAAAGAACUUUUCGUAGAAAUGAAAGAUAGAGAAAUUCUUCCUGAUGUGAUUGUGUAUAGUGCUCUGAUUCAUGGUUUGUACUAUAAUAAAAAAUGGGAAGCAGGCAAAGCGUUGUUGCAUGAGAUGGUGCAUUGUGGUAUCAAGCCUAAUCUGGUGACGUUCAAUGUGCUAAUAGCGGCACUUUGCAGAAGGGGAAAUGUGAAUGAUAGCAGGGAUUUGCUAAAGCUUAUGAUACAAAGAGGCAUUAGUCCUGAUUUAUUUACAUACAACACUUUGAUAGAUGGCUUCUGUUUGGCUGGAUACCUUAAUGAAGCGAGAGAGCUGUUUCAUGCAAUUUCAAGUAGAGGGUGUCAACCUGAUGCUGUUAGCUACAAUGUGUUGAUCAGUGGAUACUGCAAAUAUUGGAAGAUACAUGAAGCUGUCAAUAUUUACGAGGAAAUGAUCUGCAAAGGAGUUAGUCCAACAGUAGUAACUUAUAAUGCCUUACUAACUGGUCUGUUUAAGUUAGGAAGAGUUCAGGAUGCACAGAAGCUGUUUUCUGAGAUGCAAAGUCAGAACGUGCUACCUAAUUUAUCUACAUAUAAGAUAUUGUUGGACAGGCUUUGCAAAAAUGAUUGCAUACCAGAGGCAACAGAUAUAUUUCAUACAUUAGAAAACAGCCGCAGCUGUAAACUUAGCGUAGAAAUUUUUAAUUCACUUAUUAAUGGGUAUUGUAAGGCACGGAAGCUUGAAACUGCUUGGGAUCUAUUUCACAAAAUGUCAGGAAAGGGCCUGGUACCAAAUGUUAUAACAUAUAGCAUGAUGAUUCAUGGGCUCUGUAUAGAAGGACAACUCGAAAAGGCAAAUAGUUUGUUUUUGGAAAUGGAAGGCAAGGGUUGUGCUCCAAACCUCGUCACUUUUAAUACCCUUAUGCGUGGUUUCUGCCAAAAUGAUGACUUGGAAAAGGUUGUUGAACUUCUUCAUAAGAUGUCGGAAAGAAAUCUGUCACCAGAUAUCUCUACAACCUCCAUUGUCAUAGACUUACUCUCGAAGGAUGAAAGCUAUCGCAAAUGUUUGGACUGGCUUCCAAAAUUUAGCCAAUUGAAAGAUGAGGUGCAAAAAUUCAAGUAA